AUGGAUGCAGUAGCUGGAUUCACAGUUGGAAUUUAUAAUGUUCCGCAAGCCAUGUCAUAUUCAACAUUAGCUGGCCUACCGCCGGUUUACGGGUUAUAUGCCAGUAUUUUCCCUCCCCUGAUUUAUGCACUUUUCGGAACGUCUAGACAUACUAGCAUUGGAGUUUUUUCCUUAACAUGUAUGAUGAUCAAUAAAUGUAUUCAACGGAUAACGCACAAUUCUGCAAAAUAUACAAAAAUAGAGAUUGCCACAAGUUUAUGUUUACUAACUGGUUUGAUUCAAUUCGUUAUGGCUUUAACAAGAUGUGAUAAAAUGAUGAAGUUCUUAUCAGCACCAGCGAUUUCAGCAAUCACAUUUUCCGCCUGUUUUUACGCUAUGAUUACACAAAUUCCAAAAAUGCUCGGAGUUUCGGUGCCAUCUAGACAGAGUGAAUGGUUUAAUAUAUACUACGAAACUGUUGAAAUUUGCAAAGCUCUUCCUGAAACAAAUGCAAUUACUCUGGCGAUUUCAUUGUCUACAAUGUGUUUUCUGUUAACUAUGAAGACAUUUUUAGAACCACUACUAAGGAAAACAUGGUUCAAAAAGUUUCCGUUUCCAACAGAACUCAUAACGAUAAUUGUAAAUACAUGUCUUUCAUAUUUCCUGAACUUUGAAAAUAAUUAUAAAGUGCAAAUAUUGAAUGAUAUUCCACGAGGAUUUCCUGAGCCCGACACACCAUCAAUAAGCUUAUGGCCUUCAAUUGUAUUGGACGCUUUAUCAUUAUCAAUUGUUGCAUACGCUGUAACAAUGUCGAUGGGUCAGAUGUUUUCAAAAAAGCAUAAAUACCGCGUCGAUUCUAAUCAAGAACUAUUGGCAUUGGGAAUUGUAAACAUAUCGUCGUCAUUCUUUUCAACGUUCCCAACUUCCGCUUCGUUAUCACGAACAUUGCUUAAUGAAGAAUGUGGAGCACAAUCGCAGUUGUCCGGUGUUGUGGCUAGCGUAUGUAUAUUAUUUGUAAUCACUUUUAUUGGACCAUUAUUGUCAUCACUUCCAACUUGCGUGUUAUCCGUUAUAGUUACGGUUGCGGUGCGUUCACUUCUUCUAAACAUUUGUGAUUUACCGAAGCUAUGGAAAUAUUCAAAACACGAUUUUUUCAUUUGGCUUUUCACGGCAAUCGUAACAUUGUGCUCAGAUAUUGUUGAGGGCGUGGCUGCUGGAAUUCUACUGGCUGUAAUAACAAUUGCAAUCCAAUCGCAACAACCAACUAUCAAACAAUUGGGACAGGUUCAAUUCAAUGACUUCAAACCACUAUUGCACUAUUCAUCUGCAAAACCAACUUCAUUCAAAAUUAUUCGAUUUGAUGCUCCUCUUAUUUUUACAAAUGUCGAUAAAUUUUUAGACAAUGUGAAAGACGUGUCGGCAACUCUUCGGAUUGAUAACGGAAAAGAUAUCGAAUUUCCAUGGACGUCUAUUAUUUUCGACUGCCAUACAUGGACUUAUACCGAUUCCAUGGGAAUCGAUGCUAUUCAGGAGAUAAAUGACGAAUUGAAAAGUAAUAAGAUUAUUCCAAUGUUUGCCAACCUAAAAACAUCAUUACGCCGGCAAUAUGAGCAUGCUGGCUUGAUGAAGCUUAUUGAACCAAAUCAAAUUUAUCCCUCGAUUCAAGAUGCUCUGGAUUGCGCCCAUCAAAUAGUUAAUCAACUUAAUAACACGGAAGACAGUUCAAAAAUAUAA